UUUCCAGCAAAAGCAGAGACUUCUGAAUUCAAUGAAUUCACUGGUGCGGUUCAUGUCCAGGGGCGGCGGCGGCGCAUUCAAAUAAAAAGGGAUUUUCUUCUUUUUUUUUUCCCCGUCAAAUGAACAGUUUUCAAACUCAAUGUACACCGUCUGAUCCUUUGCACAGCUCUAGCUUUUAAGUAACAAGUAGAAUCGCCCACCUUGUACCCGCACGCACUGGGAGAGUGAUAUUGCUAGUGACAGGUGGACAUGGGAAAGCAAACAACGACGAAGACGACGCUGGGGACAUCUCUGGCGGUGCCAUGCGUGCAGGAGCUGGCAAAGGAGAAACCGGAGACGGUGCCGGCAAGGUAUCUACGUCCGGAACAAGACCCUCCCUUCGUGUCCAACGCUUUCCCCCUGCCCGAAAUCCCCGUCGUUGACAUGCAUAACCUACUUUCCGGCGACGAAGAACAGACCCUGGAUUCUGAGCUGCAGAAGAUGCACCGCGCGUGCAAGGAGUGGGGUUUCUUCCAGGUGAUAAAUCAUGGGGUGGAGUGGGGUUUGGUGGAGAAAGUGAAGGCAGAGAUUGAAGAGUUCUUCAAGCUGCCAAUGGAGGAGAAGAAGAAGUAUUGGCAGCAGGCAGGAGAGAUGGAGGGGUUUGGUCAAGCAUUUGUGGUAUCAGAGGAGCAGAAGCUUGACUGGGCUGACAUAUUUUACAUGAUCACCCUUCCACAUCACUACAGGAAGCCCCACUUGUUCCCCAAUCUUCCCCUCCCGUUCAGGGAUGCACUGGAAGCCUAUUUGGGAGAAAUGAAAGAACUGGCGAUAAAAAUUCUUGACCAAAUGGCAAGGGCUCUGAAAAUGGAGGGCAGCGACAUGAGAGAGUUGUUUGAAGAAGGGAUGCAGGCAAUAAGAAUAAACUACUACCCUCCAUGCCCACAGCCUGACACGGUCAUCGGCCUCAACCCCCACUCCGAUGCCGUCGGCCUCACCAUUCUUCUCCAGAUCAACGAAAUGGAAGGCCUCCAAGUCAAAAAGGAUGGCAUGUGGAUUCCUGUUCAUCCCCUCCCCAAUGCUUUUGUCGUUAAUGUCGGUGACAUUUUGGAGAUAGUGACAAAUGGAAUAUAUCGUAGCAUAGAGCAUCGAGCUACAGUGAACUCCAUCAAAGAGAGGCUCUCAAUGGCAACAUUUUAUAACCCAAACAUAGAAGGUGACUUGGGUCCUGCCCCAAGUCUUCUCACUCGAGAUACACCACCAUUGUUCAAAAGAGUGGGUGUUACUGAUUACUUUAACGGACUUUUCUCGCGUGAACUCCAUGGAAAGUCAUACUUGGAUGUCAUGAGGAUUCAAAAUAAGGAAGGCCAGAACAGUAAAGAACACGAAGUAUAAGAUUCGACUCUCAUACUAUACAAUGGUACUUAAGGUGAUAAUAUCAGUGAAUAUUAUGGAGAGAUUCUAACUAUUACAGAGAUAUUUUGACUCUAUGUGUUACUAUUUCGAGAUUUGUGCUCUUUGUGCAUUUUUUAGGAUUUAUAUUGUAAACACGAGCUCUAUGAAUAAAGAAAUGUAUUUGGUCUCUUGUUUAAUAAUGUAUAACAUAGAUAUACACUUUUAUGUA